AAACUCGAUUCUUUUUUAUUUACUCCCUACCCACCAUUCUGAAAAACAUGUCCAGCACCAUCAGCACCGAGGGCCUUGGCCGCGACACUCUGGUCUACAUGGCCAAGCUCGCCGAGCAGGCUGAGCGCUACGACGAGAUGGUCCAGUACAUGAAGGCUGUGGCCAAGCUCGGCUCCGAUCUGACGGUCGAGGAGCGCAACCUGCUGUCGGUCGCCUACAAGAACGUGAUCGGUGCUCGCCGUGCCUCGUGGCGCAUUGUCUCGUCGAUCGAGAACAAGGAGCACUCGCGCGGCAACGACGCCCAGGUCGAGAAGAUCAAGGCCUACCGCGCCAACAUUGAGAAGGAGCUGCAGGAGGUGUGCAACGACAUCCUGGCCGUGCUGAAGGAGAACCUGCUCACCACCGCCGAGGAGCCCGAGUCCAAGAUCUUCUACUACAAGAUGGAGGGCGACUACUACCGCUACCUGGCCGAGUUCCAGCAGGACGAGCCCCGCAAGGCUGCCGCCGAUGCCGCCCAGGUCUCGUACCAGAAGGCCUCUGAUGUUGCCGGCGAGAAGCUGCCGCCCACCCACCCCAUCCGCCUGGGUCUGGCCCUCAACUUCUCAGUGUUCUACUACGAGAUCGCCAACUCGCCCACCCAGGCCUGCAGUCUGGCCAAGGGUGCCUUCGAUGCCGCUAUCUCGGAGCUCGACAGCCUGUCCGAGGAGUCGUACAAGGAUUCGACCCUGAUCAUGCAGCUGCUCCGGGACAACCUGACCCUGUGGACCUCUGACCUCAACGAGGAGGAGAACAAGGCCGAGGCUGCCGCUGCCGAUGAGGACAAGGCCGCCGAGGCUGCUGAGACUGCCGUCGAGGACAAGGAGUAAGGACACCAAAUGUCCCCCCUAUCAGUG